AAACAUAUAGCUCAUGGCCUGAUCCCUGCAGCUACCAUAGCUCCUAAACCUGCUGUCCCCCGCACCCCUCCCCCUCGUAGUCCAAACCCUUCUCCAGAAAGGCCCAGGUCUGCUUUAGCAGCUGCUAUUCUUGUGACGACCUUAACUGGACGAACGAUUGCCCUCCCUCAGCCUCGUCAGCGAUCUCUUUCGGAAAGUGAUGCCAGCUACUUGCAAGAUCAGGAAGACUGCAUUGAACCAUAUGCCACCAUCACUGAGCUACGAAUGAGUCCAAACUGGAAGAAUCAUGCAUCUGAGAGUUGUGAGGAUGACAUGGAUACAUUCGCUUCUGACACAGAGAAAGAAUUGGAUCCCGACCAUCAAAUUAUUGAUAAAAAAGAAAGCAUGAGUCAUGAGAUUAUGUAUGCUACGCCACAUAAAAUCAAACAGGAAAAUCUCCCAGUAUCUUCUAGUGCCAAUGGUGAAGACGAUUCUUCUGUCUACGAACCAAGUUGUCUCAUCCAGCCAAAUGUUCAGGUUGAAGAAAUUGAACAUCCUGGAGUGAGGUUUCAGGGAGACCACUCAGAUGAAACUCCCCUGAAUGAAAAACCGCCUUCGUCUUCAGAUGCAGUCCUCCACAGAAAACAGGAACAGAUGGUUCUCCCCAGAGAGAAGUUCCAGAAAUUAAAAGAGCAACAUUGGCAUCUCAACAAUGCGAACCAGACCUUAUUUUCUGAACUGGAACAGACAAAGCAGUUAAUGAAGGAACUCCAAUUAAAAAUUAAGAAAUUGGAAAAAGAGAACAGGCAGUUGAAGGAAAAGCAGAAUUCCCACAGUGAAGGAAAGCAUGAAGAUGUUUAAAGCACAAGUGGAAGCAGUUGUGAAGGAAAAUGAGCAGUUACACCAAAAAUUAACUAAAAAUACUGGUACUUUUAUUAGUACCAAAGAAUGGCAGCAUUUGCAAAGUCAAGCCAAGCUUGUCCUGGAGGAAAAUAGGGUAUUAAUGGAACAGCUUAAAAUACAAGGAACCAAAAUAAACGAUACCAUCAAUCAACAUGUUAAAGAAGUUUCCAAACUGACCAAGCAGCUCGUUACUCUGGAAACCGAAAAACAAAACCAAGAAGUGGAGAUGCAGGAAUGUCAGAAAAAGCUGAAAGAAUUACGCUCCGCAAACAAAGAAUUAAAGGCCAGAGUUAGCGAUUACAUAACGGCAGAGGAGCACCUUGCCUUGGAAAACAAACUUAGAAACCAAUUGCAGAUGGAACAGGAAAAGAGGGAGAUGGAGACCCAGGAACUGGUGAAAAAAUUGAACUCUGUCCAAGCGGAAACAAAGAGCCUCUUUCUCGAGAAAAAUGACCUGGUGGCAGAAAACAAGGCUUUAGAGGCUGAGCUGGAAAUGGCACAGAAGACGAAAAGGCGGUCGGAGAAGAAGAUCGGUCUUCUGAAGCAGCACUUGGAAGAAACAAUGGAAAAGGAGAUGGCUGCCCACCAGUAUCUAGUGAAUAUGAUCAGCUUGGCAGAAAAUAUAACUCAAGAACGUGAUCAGCUUUUAAACCUGGCCAGUUGUUUGGAGAAAGAGAACCACGGCAUUCUCAACCAAAUAAUAGAAGGAAAUGUACAUCUAGGGAAAUUAGAAGAGAAAGUCAAGGUGUAUAAAAAGACGGCGGCAGGCAAGCUCGGGGACAUCAACCUCAAAAUGACAGAGCAAGAGAAGGAAUUUGCGGGGAGGACCACUCAGUACCAGCGAGAAAUGAAACACCUCCAGCGGCUGCUGCAAGAGAAGCAGGAAUCCCUCGAUGAAGCUUUGCAGCAGAAGAGAGAAAUGGAAAGUGAACUUGAAAUAAUUUGGGAAUCAACCACCAAAGAAAACCGGAGGAUGAAGGAACUCUUGCAUAAAUCUCUGGAGAAGAACCCGCAGAAUUCGGUCAACGCUGCUUACGAAUUACCCUCAACUGACAUUUCUCAGAAAGUCCUGCUGGGUAGAUACGGCUUUAGCUACUGUGAUGUAGAGGUGUCCUCACCCACUCAUGAUCCGAAGGAAGAAGACAACUAAAUGUUAAGGAAGUGGAUAUCUCUGCUUCCUGCUGGGCAAAAUGGGAUUGGAAGAAGCAAACAUAAAAGAGCGAAUGGGAACCUGGUUAGAAGCAAAGUAUGAUUUACCAGUUGGGUUGAGAGGUCUUCUCAGUUGGGAUUAGCAUUGUAUUAUAAGGGACCUUUCAAAGCCUUGAGAAGCAUCUUUCAUGCUAAAAAGCAUGUUUCUUGCCUUGACCACUAUGAAGAACAUACAGCGCAGAGGUAUUCUGUCGGCUCGGACCGGUUCACCCGAACCAGUAGUGGCCCUAUCCACCCGCCCCAACUCUAUGACGUCCCAUGUAGGCACUCUAGUUAGCCAAAGUGCAUGUGCGGAAGGCUGUGCGCAUGCGCGGCCACUCACAUUUGUGAACCAGUAGGGAAGGUUAGUGAAUACCACCCCUGAGACAGUGGUACCUCGGUACUCACUGUUGAUUGGUACCGGGAAGCGCGGUGAGUACCAAAAAUAAUGAGUAGCAAUUUUUCUCCCAUAAGGAAUAAUGUCGUGAGUCACAAGGCUGCCAACACCGACAAUUUCUAGCUGGUGUGUUGAGUACAAAACAUGGAUGACCAAAUUUCUGUGUCAAAAUGCGUUGAGUACCGAAUUCAACGGGUUUCAAAGCAGUUGAGUACCAAGGUACCACUGUACAGAUUUGAUGCUGCAAAAAGACAGAUCCCUCUCAAUAAAGCUUCCAAUUGAUAGACAGGGCUUUCAGCACCCACUCUGCCUCUCUUGGGGUUUCCGGAGGGCCUGUUUUACCUAUCUGCAAUUCUGAGAACAUCUUUCCUAGAAGAAGCCCCAUUCAAUGAAGUAUUUAAUGGAAGUCAAGAGUUGACUAGUGUUGUCAGUACGACAUUUAGAUGCUUAAACCAAAGAACAACUUAUUUGAAUUGACUUUAUACAUAUAACUCUUUGCACUUUUUAAUUAAGCAACUCAGAUUUGGGGGCUGAAAUGGCUGAACCGAGCCUUGAUUUAGCUGAACUUUUAUAAUGAAAUGGACAAAAAAGAUAAGAGUACAUAAUAUCUAGUCUUUUACUUAAGAGAAAUUCUUGUUUUUAAAAGUUUAUAUCUAUAUAUCUAUAUCUAUCUAUCUAGCUAUCAUAUAUAUCUAAUACUAUAUAUAUAUAGUAUUGCUUGGAAAUAAAGAAUUAAAAAGUAUAAGCAAUAUAAGUGGGAAAACAUAUAACUGUAGAGCAAUGUAACUGAUUAAGAGGAAAGAAGAAUACUUUGAAAUUGAAAAUAUGUAGAAUCAUGGGUCGAUUUGGAAACAAUAGCCUUAUUUGAUCAUUUGAAUGUAUGUAGCUAGGUCAUUAAAUUUCCAUCAGAAUUCUUACAUUUCAGGGACUUUCUUCCCCAAGACAAUCAAGGCAAUUAAUAAGAGAGUGAUUUGAGGGAGAUUUUGCACUCUCUCUCUCCCUCUCUCUCUCUCUCUCACUCACUCUCUCUCUCACUCUGUGUGUGUCUGUCUCUCUGUCUCUCUCCCCCCUCUCUCCCCAGUGUUUUUAAUUUAUCCUAAUGAUUGGCUGGAUACAUCUGUAACUUUAUAAAUGCUGACAGUUGUGUACUAUUUACAGCUUUGUUUCCCAAUUAUGCUUUUUAUAAUAAUAAAAUGCUUAUUUUAAAGGGCA